AUGGAACCUUCCAAACUGCUGGCUUUCUUUCUGUUGCUGCUGCUGUCUUUUGUGUCAGCACACCGUAAGCGGGUCCUUGGAGGCGAGGAAUGCAGUGAGUCUGAACAUCCAUGGCUUGUGCUACUCUAUAACUCUGAAGGCCCCAUCUGCUCUGGAAUGUUGAUCGAUAAUAACUGGGUGCUCAGUGCUGCUCAUUGCUACAAAAGUGGCAAAAUCGAGAUGAAGCUUGGAAUGCACAACAGAAACACGCUAAGAGGUGAUGAACAGUUGAGAGUCAGUGCAGCCACCCUGUGCUACCCUGACACUGCCAGCACCACCCAGAACAGCUGUGCGAGCUACACCGAUGAUGAUAUCAUGAUGAUCAAAUUGAACACCCCUGUGAAGUACAACAAGCACAUCGCCCCCCUGCUUCUGCCCACCGCCUCUGUCUUUGUGGGAGCAAAAUGCAGGGUCAUGGGUUGGGGCACAAUCACAGCUGCUACAGUGACUUAUCCUGACGUUCCUCAUUGCGCUGAUAUCAACAUACAAGAGAAACGCUUGUGUGUGAAGGCUUACCCAGCGUGGAAAAUGACGGACCACAUAUUAUGUGCAGGACUUCUGAACGGAUGCAGAGGUGCAUGCUGGGGUGAUUCUGGUGGACCCCUUAUCUGUGAUGGACAACUCCAGGGGAUUGUAUCUCAUGGUAAGCCACCUGGACUUGGCAUCUAUACCAAGGUCGACAGCUAUCUCAACUGGAUCCUUGGUUUUAAUUGA